CGCUAUUUAAACAGGCGUGCCCGCGCUUGCGCACCCGCGCUUCGCGGUCGUGGAGCGGCCACCCGCCGUGUCUGCUGCAAAUGGGUUCCGUGAUCUAGCGCCUCCGUCCCCGCCGCCGUGACCGUGCGCCGAGGCCCGCGAGGGGUCGCCGCCGAGGUUUCCACCAGCCACAAGCAGGAGCAUGGCAGCCAUCCCCUCCAGCGGCUCGCUCGUGGCCACCCACGACUAUUACCGGCGCCGCCUGGGUUCCACUUCCAGUAACAGCUCCUGCGGAAGUGCCGAGUAUCCUGGGGAGGCCAUCCCCCACCACCCCGGUCUCCCCAAGGCUGACCCGGGUCACUGGUGGGCAAGCUUCUUUUUUGGGAAGUCCACUCUCCCAUUCAUGGCCACCGUGUUGGAGUCCCCAGAACACUCGGAGUCUCCCCAGUCCUCCAGUGGCCUGACCACCUGUGACCUGGUUCAGGAAGCCACGAGGAAGCAGCCUGGCAGCCAGCCCAGCAAAGCCAACACGGGGGCCCCAUCCUAAGUGGCCACCGCCAGCCACCAGGCAUCUGGAGGCGCUAGGCUCCCCAGAGCCCUGCCCGCCGCCCCCCCCCCAGCCCUGCCCCGCCCCGUAGACCAGGCAGGCUGCAGCAGUGGGGUCCUUUCAUGUCAGAACAGCAAAACACCAAAAAGAAAGUUAAGGGAACCCUGCUUUUUACUAUCCAAGCCACACAUGAGCCUUCCUGAUAACCCAUGACCGUGUGCCUUGCACCAUGUGGAAAUAAACUCCAGGCAGCCAGCA